AUUUUUGAAAUCCCUAACAACCUUUGUUUUCUGAAUUUCAAUACCGCGAAUGAAUCACAUAUGAAAUAUAUUAUUAAAUGGUUUUGGGAAAAAUGAAAUUUAAUAGAACCACAACUUAGAAGAUCCAACUCUCUGGCUGAUGGCUCUAUAGCUGGGUCACAGAAUCAGACACAAUCUCUGGCUGAUUGUGUACACUAUUGUGGCUACCAUGUUUGCAGCAUGCAUCCUGUAUCCUUUUGUCAUCUCUGUCUAGUCUCGAAUCGAUUGAACUUGUGUUAAUAUUGUGGAUUUUUUAAGCAUUUUAUUUGUGUACAACUUGACUUUUUAUACAUAUAUAGUUGAUGUAUAUGAUAUAUUUCAACUGCUAUGCAACUUUCACUAUUAUCGUGUGAUGCUAUCUGCUAUAUGAUAUAUCAGAUAUUGGCCUUUCACCAUUUUCUGCGUGAGAUCUCAACACACACUCCUCAUGUAUAUGACUAUUUGUUUAUUAUUGUGAAUUUUGAAUUUGAUUCCGAAGGAAAUUACAACCCGCCGAUUAUACACAAGGACCUGAAAUGUGAUAAUAUAUUUAUCAAUGGUCAUCAAGGAGAAGUUAAAAUUGGAGAUUUGGGGCUGACAACUUUCUUGGAGCGAAGUAAUGCCAAGAGUGUAAUUGAGCCAUUGUCUUUAGAGCUAGGGAACCCGUCUAUGAAGAGUCAGCUAAAGGCAUUAGCAGCUGUUGAGGCUACACCAUGGAAGAAUUUCAAUAAAAAGAAAGAGGCUGCCCUUAAGAAAAGGAAAGAGGGAACCCUUCAAGUUCAGAAUAAACAGGUCGAAGAUCCAUAGAUAAACAGGGUGAAAGCAUAAGGCAUGGCGAAAAACACUUCGUGAAGCCUCUGUGCACAAAGAUAAAUCUCAUAGAGAUGGCUUGAAUGAGGAUAUUCAUGCCAUUGAGAAAAAAGCCCCCAGGAAUUCCAGGGAUGAUAAUAGAAGUAAACAUAACAGUCACUAUCCAUGGAUUCUUAUUACCAAAAACAAGGUGAAAUGGUUGGUAAAUUAAAGGAAGGCUGACAAAGUACACAGUCACACUUCGGAGCAUCACCUAAGGACAAAAAUAGAAUUGGUCUUGAUCAAUCCCCUGUAACUAAUGGGCGAGGUAUCCCCAAUCACCACCUCAAAAAUAUAAAAAA